AGUGGCCCCUGCGAGCACUGGGCCAGCGGCCCCUUUGUGUCCUCCGGAGGCCCAGUCGCUUUUUUCCGGGCCCGCGGGGGUGGGUUCCCAUCAGAUUCUCAGGGCCGGAGGUGGGCCGGAAUUGAGAUUGCCAGAGCCUCCGGGGCGGGGACGGGAUCUUCCCGCAGUUCACUUCUGCAGGAAGGGUGCAGCAGAAGGAAAGAGAAGCUGAAAAAUUCUAGGCUGGCGAUCCUGGAUGCUGCAAGGAAACCCUAGUUUUUCAUGUUCUCUUCCCCAUCUCAGUCAUCUGAGGACACUGCCAUUUCCCAAGAGAAGAGCCAAGAAGAGGAAAGAAUGGCUGUUGGACUUCUUAAAGCCAUGUACCAGGAGCUGGUAACCUUCAGAGAUGUGGCUGUAGAUUUCUCCCAAGAGGAGUGGGACUGUCUAAAUUCUUCCCAAAGGCAUCUGUACAGUAAUGUGAUGUUGGAGAACUAUAGGAUCUUGGUGUCCCUGGGACUUUGCUUUUCUAAGCCCAGUGUGAUAUUAUUGUUGGAACAAGGGAAAGAGCCCUGGAUGGUGAAGAGAGAGCUGGCAAAAGGCUUGUGCUCAGCACGGCUUUUGAUGCAUCCCAUAAUUUUUGGCUGGGAAUCUAUGUGUGAGACUGAAGAAUUAACUUCAAAGCAGGACAUUUAUGAAGCACAAUCAUCACAGAAGAUAACAGAAAAACUCACAAGCUAUGGCCUUGAGUAUUCCAGUUUGAGAGAAGAAUGGAAAUGCGAGGGCCAUUUUGAGAGACAGCCAGUAAAUCAGAAGGUAUGUUUCAAAGAAGAGACAAUCACUCAUGAAGAAGCCCUUAUUAAUAAAAGAGCACAAGAAUAUAACAAAUCUUGGGGAAGUUUCCAUCUGAACACACUGCUUCAUACACAACAGAUAAUCACCAAAGAGGAGAAAGUACAUAAACAUGAUACACAUAAGAAAAUCUUUAAAAAAAAUUUAAUGGCCAUUAAGCCCAAGAGUAUCUAUACAGAGAAGAAACUCUUGAAAUGUAAUGACUGUGAAAAAGUCUUUAGCCAGAGCUCAUCUCUUACUCUUCAUCAAAGAAUUCAUACUGGAGAGAAACCAUAUAAAUGUGUAGAAUGCGGAAAAGCCUUCAGCCAGAGAUCAAAUCUUGUUCAACAUCAGAGGAUUCAUACUGGAGAGAAACCCUAUGAAUGUAAGGAAUGUAGGAAAGCCUUCAGUCAGAAUGCACAUCUUGUUCAACAUCUGAGAGUUCAUACUGGAGAAAAACCUUAUGAAUGCAAGGUGUGUAGGAAAGCCUUUAGCCAGUUUGCUUACCUUGCUCAACAUCAGAGAGUUCAUACUGGAGAGAAACCUUAUGAAUGUAUUGAAUGUGGGAAAGCAUUUAGCAAUAGAUCAUCCAUUGCUCAACACCAGAGAGUUCAUACUGGUGAGAAACCAUACGAAUGUAAUGUCUGUGGGAAAGCAUUUAGCCUUCGUGCAUACCUUACUGUACACCAGAGAAUACAUACUGGAGAGAGACCCUAUGAAUGUAAGGAAUGUGGGAAGGCUUUCAGCCAGAAUUCACAUCUUGCUCAACAUCAGAGAAUUCAUACUGGAGAAAAACCUUAUAAAUGUCAAGAAUGUAGGAAAGCAUUCAGCCAGAUUGCCUACCUUGCCCAACAUCAAAGAGUUCAUACUGGAGAAAAACCCUAUGAAUGUAUUAAAUGUGGGAAGGCUUUUAGCAAUGACUCAUCCCUUACUCAACAUCAGAGAGUUCAUACUGGAGAGAAGCCUUAUGAAUGUAACGUUUGUGGAAAGGCUUUUAGUUACUGUGGAUCCCUUGCCCAACAUCAGAGAAUUCAUACUGGAGAGAGACCUUAUGAAUGUAAGGAAUGCAAGAAAACUUUCAGGCAGCAUGCACACCUUGCUCAUCAUCAGAGAAUCCAUCUUGGGGAGUCCCUCUCACCACCCAAUCCAGUCAAUCACCAAGUCCUUUAGACACUAUCUCAUAAAUAUUUCCAGAAUUUAUACUCUUCUCUAUCUCUAAUGUUGUUACCCUAGUCUAAGAUUCAUCUCACCUGAUCACCAUGCUGUAGCUUUCUAACAGGUCUUCCUGUAUCAACUUUUGGUCCCUUUAAAUUCAUUUCCCAUCAUGCCCCCAAACUGAUUUUUUUGAGUGUAAGAAUGCAUCACUGCCUCCAUUUAAAACUUUUUGGGGGCUUACUAUUGUUCUUAAGCUAAUAUCCACAGUCUUAAAAUUGUCUAUGAGGCACUUCAUUAUCUGGUUCUAUACCUUUCAGCCUUAUUUUAUUCCAGUCUCCUUCUCUGAGCACUAGGCACUUCCCAGGACUAAGAGCUUAGAUUCUGGAAAAUCAUAGCUCUACCACUACUGUGGCAUUAUGUGACUUUGAGUAAUCUGUUUGACUUAUCUAAACCUCAGGGUUUUCUUUAAUUCUUAAAAUAGGGAUAAUAAAGGAUACUGUAUUGUAGAAAUGUGAUUAUUAAAUGAAAUAGUGUCUGUUGUAGAUUGAUGCAUAUUAAUAAAUUUGCAUGUAAAGUGCUUCACGUAGCACAUUAAACAUAGCAGAUAUUCAAUAAAUCAUAAUAGCUAACAUGUAUUGAGUGCCUACUAUGCACCAGGCACUGUUCUACAUAUUCAACAUAUAUUAAUUCACUUACUCCUCACAGCUAGAACAAGAUUCCUCAAUGGACAAAGGAAAACAUCCCUGGGAAGCAGCAGAUCAGAAUUGAGAAAACCCAAAAAUUUUAGAAACAUAAGUGGGAGUCUUCAUACUUUAGAUAAAUAAUCAAUAUAGACACAAGUAGUAGACCUACAUCUACAACCAGUUUUAGGAAGUUUCUAAAGAGAAUUGGAUAAACCAAUCAAUAUAAAGAAAAUGAGGAUUCACAGAGAGGAAUAUAGAACUCAUUUUUAUCAAGAAAAAGAAUAGAGUAUCACAAUUAACCAAAAAAAGGCACCAGGCCCAGGCAAUUGUAUUGGGUGAAUCUAGGUAAAUUUAAGAAGCAUUUAUAUUGUUUCAUACCAGAGAAAAAGUAUAAAGUUUGUAAAAUUUUUAACCUAUGGUUGUAAAAUUGAAAUGAAAAGGGGAUUGAGGGAAAAAAGUUACAGACAUAUAUAGGCUUUUACAUAUUUGAAAUACACGCUUCCACUCAUUCAGUGAAUAUUGAGUAGCUACCGUUUGCUGGACACUGUUUUAGAUAUGAGGAGACAAUAGUGACCAAUACUAAGACUAUGUCCUCAUGGAGUUAUUUAAAGUUAUUUAAAGCUGAAAUUGAAUUGAAAUUGCUUAUAGUUAAAUAUAAAACAAUAGAUUCUCUAGACUCAGCAAAAUGAAGAAUAAUAAACUGAGUAGUAGCAUAUAAUCUAGGCUAAAGAGACUCAGGAUAAUAAUGUUACGUUAUUCCUAAUUCACAAAUUAGCUGCAAUUAGAACCAAAAUUCCUCAGGUCUUUUUGCCCUUUAAUUUCACAACUUUGUUCUGAAAUUCAUCUGUGAAGUAUGAAUUCUUAAGACAGCAAGAAAAUUGUUGAACCUGACCUAUUUGUAGAAAUUCUGCAUAUGAUAAAGAUGGUUUAUACCUGUAAAUAAAGGAUGGAUUUGCGUUUACUAGAAUAAUUGUUUAUAUCCAUUACAGUAAGGGAAAUGCAAAUAAAACCACAGUGAAGUAUUUCAAAAUCAUCAUAUUGGCAAAAGCGUCACAGAGCCAAUAACUGGAAAGAUGUGGAGCAGUAGGAAUGUUCAUACAGUGUUAUUGGAAGUAGUUGUAUUUAGGAUAAUUUAGCAAUAUCUAGUAAAGUUGAAAAUGUGGUUACUCUCUGACCCAGCAGUUCCAUACUUAAACCUCUUAUAGUCUCUCCUCAUGUGUUUAGGGUGAUGUACAUGAAAGUCUAUUUCAGCAUCAUUUGAGAAUGAAAAGUUUAAAGCAAUCAAAAUAACCAUUAGGGUGAAUGUAAGUUAUAGCCCAAGUUAAAAGGAAUGAAGUAGAGAUACUUCUAUCAACAUGGAUAAAUCUAAAAAAAAAAAAACACACAAAAAACCAAAAAACAAACAUGAAUAAAUGUUAAAACAAUAUUAAUGAAAUUGAACUAGAGAGUAUUUUGUAUGAGACGGUACCACUUAUAUAAAGUUUGAAAAUAUGCAAAUUGAUGCUAUGUGUAUAUGGCUAAAUACCAUAUAGAUUUAGUGUUACAACAUUCAUGGAACUAAUAAUUAAAUCCAAAACAGUAGUAACAUCUGUCUGCAGGGGGAGAAAAAUGAGAUUGAGAAAAGGAUGCAAAGGGAGAUAUCUUUUAAUCAUUUACUUCUUUAAAAAAUAAGCAAAUAUGGCCAAUUCUUAUAAAUUGAUAAGGCUGGUUGUUGGUUUAUAGGUAGGUUCUUAUUCUCUGUAUCUUUCGUAAUAAAAAAAAAUAAAGAACAUUUAAAUAUUUGCUUUUGUCAAGUUAUUUCCUUACUAUACCUCAGGCAUGACACUGGUGUUCCCAUCCAUAUUCACCAUUCUCUUCAGAGAGAAGCUGACACAUAAUUGAUC